AUGGCAGGCAGACAGCUGUGCUCCAAGCGUUACCGGGAGUUUGUGAUUCUACACCAAAACCUGAAGAGGGAGUUUGCUAACUUUACUUUGCCCAAGCUGCCUGGAAAAUGGCCUUUUUCCCUUUCAGAGCAACAGCUGGAUGCACGACGCAGAGGCCUGGAGGAAUAUCUAGAGAAAGUGUGCUCUGUCCGAGUCAUUGGAGAAAGUGACAUCAUGCAAGAGUUCCUGUCUGAAUCAGAUGAGUUUGAAAAAAAAAAACUGCUGAAACCGGAAGACCCGUAA